GUGGUCUGUCCUCUCCAGCUCCUGCUGCAGAGGACUGUGUCGCAUAUUUCCAUUCAACUUGUCGUCUGUCAACACCUGGUUGCCUUUGCACGAGGGCGGUUUGACGUCCAGCUUUGACUGUAAGAACGUAUGUGCCUGAGAGUCUACAACGCGUCUGUUUAAUGGCUACCUCGGGCUCCACCUCUUCUGCCUCCAUCACCGCCACUGUGCCUGAGGGUUUCCAUUAUGAAACCAAGUAUGUUGUGCUCAGCUACCUGGGAAUGCUGCCUGUUAGUGGAUCACAAAGACUACCUGCAGCUCAAGGAGAUUCCCAGAUUGAGAGAGAGAGGUCCAGGAUGAUAAAAGAGCAGGUAGAGGAAGAGCUGAGACGACUAGAAGAUGAAGUCGCUGCCUCCUUUUCCAGCACAGGCUUCGACCGCCACACAUCGCUGGUGUUCAGUCCGGCCAACCCAGAGACCUCAAUUGAAGACUGCCUCGCUGCACUGGGAGACCGGUUGGCUAGAGAACUUGACACACACCUGGUAGCAGCGGUACACAAACUCCUCACAGGGCCUCUGGACUACCAGAGAUUCAAAGACACAACACAGGAUCUGUCAACACACACACAGGGAGGUUGGAGCAAGGUUCUAGUGCCUUUGGUGCUGCUUCAGGCUUUACAAAGUGAGGGCCAGCCUAUGACAACUUUGCUGCAUCUGGGACUGCGCUUCCUAGAGGAGGCUGAGGCUGACUACAUCAUCCAGCAAGGGGGAUGGGGGGAAGUAUUUGGUCUUGAGUCAGAGGAAGAGCGAGGUGUGACCAUCGCUGAAGACAGCAACGACAUUUACAUCCUCUCAGGGGAGCAGCAUCCAGACCAGCUCAGCCCCCCCUCGUCGCUCCUCUGCACUGGAGACAACAGCAGCGGGCAGAGCUCCUGGCAGACAGAAAGCUUACCGGUGUCACUGGCCGGCCACGAGUCUUGGGCACAGGUCGGUAUGAUGGACCCCGAAGACGUCAAGAGCCUGGACAGCAACGAGGGCGUGGCUCUGGCUGAGGAACGCAGCGAGAACAACUCCUCAAACUCGGACAUUGUCCAUGUGGAGCGCGAGGAGGCCGAGCUACUCGAUGAAGGCGGUGAGGUCGGAGCGAUAGAGGAGAGCAUGAUGAGUGUUUUAGGCACAGAGAGCGAGCUGGCCGAGCUCAGGGAAGAAUUUAGGGACCAGACCUCAUCUGUUCCAGUGUCAUUGGAGGCAGACUCCACAGCCCCAGCCUCCCUGAUUUCAUUAGAAGAGGCAGUUGUAAUAGAGACGCCCGCAAGCUUGUCAGCAGAGCCUUCCCUCAUCUCAGAACCAGAGCUGCCUCCCCCAGUCCCAGAAGCUUCUGCCCCCCCUCCCUCUGAGCUAGAACCUGCAGCACCUUUACCUGUUCCUGCAGUAGAACCAGAGCCUGAGCCAGAACCAGUUGCUGCCACUGCCCCAGUGCCUGCUGAGGCGACGCCCUCGUCUCUACCCAAGGAGGCCCUGACCGCUAGUUCCACAGCACCAGCAGAGCCUGAAGCCACCUCAGAACCAGCUUCUGAACCAGAACAGACGCCCGUCUCAGUGCCUGCCCAGCCAGAAGAGCCCCAGCCCGAACCAGAGACUGUGGCAGAGCAAGAGGCCCCGCUGGCAGCACCCCUGGUCCCAGAGCCUGCAGAGGCUUCUGUACAGGCCCCAUCUGAGGAGCCCACAGCGCAGACAGAGCCAGAAUCAGAGCUCUCAGUGCUGCUUUAUGGAGGCGCUGCACUAGUGGCCCUCGCUGCUGUGAUGGCAUACGGCGUCAUAAGCUGCAGGAGGAAGUAGAAUAGAAAAGUAUCUUUCUCAGGGGAUUAGAAUGCAAAUUAAAAGAUAUUAAGGUAGAAAUAAAAUUAUUAGUGCACACUCUCCUUCACAAAUUGUGAAUUUAUCGUUUGAGGCUGCAUUUCCAAAAACAAAACAAAAAAUGCUUUUCAAGGUUUAAAAUCUGUGAAAAUUCUUCCCAGCAAUCCCAGAUCUCACCACACUCACCACCUCACCGCUGGAAUUCUUUGCUGUUUUCACUCCACCAUUUGCAAACACAGAAAGGGGAAAAUGUUGCACUCCACUGUACUUCUUAUUUGUGAUGUUUUUCUUUCUUUGCAUACCGCCCUUUUUAGAUUUGAAAGUGUGGAGUUUCAUCUCUCCUCUGCUUGUUUCGAUUUCUGUUGUCUUUUUUUUUUGUGUGUGUCGGGUUGGUUUAUGCCAUUUGAGUCAGCGUAUGUACUUGGAAAUUUCAAUUCUCUGUUUCUAUGCAGAAAAGUGGUAUCUAAUCACACUUUAUCCUCUAACUGUGAUGUGUUUUUCCAAUACUUCCUCUGGUACACAAACCAAAUAUAGAAAUUAAACUGAUAAUUUGAUUUUUAUACAGUUUGAAACUACUUCUGACAAAAUACACACAUUGGUUUCAUUGUGUACUCCAUCUUUCCACAUUGCACAUUGUAUUGUUACCAAUAUACAGAUGUGCUUCAUGUAUUAGUUAACCUUUACAUGUAUAAAGACAUUAAAGAUUUUCCCGAAAGUAUUUAAAUGUGUC